UGUGAGGGACGGCAAGUGUUCACCUCUUGACUUAGUGAGCGCGCUUGCGCAAAUUGCCAUGGUGAUUCAGUACAUACACCAGAGCGACAUUGUCCACUGCAGCCUAAGACCAGAUAACAUCAUGGUGGCGCAGCAAGCGCCUCUCAAGGUGAAACUAACGCGCUUUGGGCGAAUAGAGGAAAUUAUUGUCACCUCCUACAUGAAAACAAGCGCGGACGGGUUUGUUGUGAAACCUAUGCCCAUUGAUGAUUCGGCAUGGAGCGCGCCAGAGGUGAAAAACGAUAAUUACUAUUCACAAGCGGCUGAUGUGUACUCCUUCGGAAAGGUUGCCUUUGAGAUGUUCAAUACGCUAGACGAACUAGAGGCAUCGGCAGCCGCGGCCAUGGAUGACCAGACCAAGUCAUCGUUUGAGGGGAAUUAUCCAGUUCAACCGCAGAGUAUGCCAUGCUGGUUGUACAUCACACUCAAACAGUGUCUUCUGCAUUAUCCACGUGAAAGACCAACCUUCCUGCUCCUGGUCGACACCCUAACGAGCAGAAAGCCAUUUGAUUCCUGGAUGCUAAAGCAUUGGAAGAAGAUUCACAACGACGUCAAUGUUGAUUUUGAUGUCACCCAACCCGAGAAUGCUCCGCACGUUCUUCCCGAGGAAAAACAUCUCAACCACGCAGAAAUACGUAAAAUCGUCACAGAUAGUCUUUACGCUCCUCACUGCUACGACUACCAGCUGGGACUUCUGCGUGAAACGACAGAAGAAGAAACGUAUGAGUAUAUUACAGAGAACGUGUAUGAAGAAUUUCCAAGUCAAGAAAUACAAGUUGAUGGAUUGCCAGCAUCGUCAAGAUCGCCCAAACAGGAUUUCAAAAAUUCACUACUCACCCUGAAAGGAAACCCACCACCACUACCCCCAAGACCACCCAUUCAUGGGUUGUUGGACUCUAAGAGAAUGCUAUUACAACCACAAAGAGACCUACAAGGAGAUUUUUAGGGUUGCUCAUUUAUUUACGAAAAAGAUGGUAACGAAUCUGAUGAAGGCUCAGGAGACGAUGAAUCUCUUUGUGGAAUUGGCAGCAACCUAUACGAGCCAGUUUGUGAAUAUACUGCAAUGUUGCCCGAUCAUCAAUAUGUGCGCAAAUGUCAAGAUUUACUGUACGAAAAUAUAACCCAGCCAAGCCUGGCUACAUGUAUUAUACAUCAAGUGUCUCGACCAAUCCCUGCCAAGCGUCAAAUGCCUGAAUCAAACCCAACUGAGCGUCGAGUGUCUCCUCCAUUCCCUGCUGAACAUCGAAUUCCUCCACCGGACCCUGCUGAGCGUCGAGUGCCUCCUCCAUUCCCUGCUGAACGUCGAACUCCUGCACCGGACCCUGCUGAGCGUCGAGUGCCUCCUCCAUUCCCUGCUGAACGUCGAACUCCUGCACCGGACCCUGGUGAGCGUCAAAUAUCUUCUCCAUUCCCUGCUGAACGUCGAAUUCCUCCACUGGACCCUGCUAAGCGUCGAGUGUCUCCUCCAUUCCCUGCUGAACGUCGAACUCCUACACCGGACCCUGGUGAGCGUCGAGUGUCUCCUCUAUUCCCUGAUGAAUGUCAAAUGCCUCCACCGGACCCUGCUGAGCGUCGAGUGUCUCCUCCAUUCCCUGCUGAACGUCGAACUCCUACACCGGUUCCUGCUGAGCGUCGGGUGUCUCCUCCAUCCAGACUUCCUCCCCCAUCAUUACACAUACGUCCUUCAGACCGGCCCGGAAUGACAGCCACACCUCCUCCCCCACUACCAACCAGACGUCCAUCAUCCUGCUCCAGACCUGCUCCCCAGUUAUCAUACAGGCCUCCUGAUGUGACAGAUGUACUUUGUAGUAAUAGUCCCCGCCAUCACCAGCCUCUUUAUGGAAGAGGUCAACACCAAGGCAGUUAUCAGCACGCUAGGCCAUUUACCCAUAUGGCAUCAAGUGGAGACCACUACAUACCAGGGAGAUCUGAAGAGAGAGUAUUCCAAGAUAUGAGCGGUGAUCAUACAUCAAGCGAAUGCUAUCAGCAAAGAUAUCACAACAUCUAUCAUUCAGAUCCACGCAUGAGUCUAUCGCACGACUUUUUGUGCGAUUAUCCCAUGGUCCAGCCUUACGACGUAAAUAAGGAGGGGUAUUGGCAUUUCGUCCGUCUCCACUCAGAUUGUACACAGUACACUAGGCGUCCAGGCGUCCAUCACUGCCGCUCGUGUGGUCACGAGGUGUACGAGAAUGUGGAAGAUCACUGCUCAAAGCAUGGACGAAGUUGUCGGCCUCUGUCGACACAUAUGUCAUGGAAGCCGAUUGCAUCAGAUAUUAGCCACGUGUAAUGGAAGCCCAAUGACAUUAUAGAUUAGCCACGUGUAAUGGAAGCCAUAUGACAACAUAAAUUAGCCACUUGUAAUGGAAACCCAGUGACAUCAUAGAGUAGCCACUUGUAUUGGAAGCCCAGUGACAUCAUAGAUUAGUCACGUAUAAUGGAAACCCAGUUGCAUCAUAGAUGAACUACGUGUACAUGUUGUAAAGGAAGCCCAAUGCUGACAAUGGCAUCAAAGAUGACUCACCAGUGUUUUGUAUAGAGAUAAUGCUUCUUUGAAGAUAAGUAAAUACAUGUCAUAUACACCUGUUUCAAAAUCUUGUGUAGGUGCACAAUGCAAAUGGCAGUUCUGAUAUCGACAAAUGCAUGGGACUCGUCAAAUUUCUAAUGAUGUCAGAGAAAUGUGCGAUCAUUUUUGUUCUUACAAAAAACCUCGCAAAGCCUCGGUCGAUACGCCAAAGCCUCAGAGUGUGAUAUUUCCCGGCAUGACCUCACUCUCGGUUAGUAAGUAGUUAGUAUUGUAUUGUAUACUGCAAUUUCUAAAGGAUUUGCGUUAAAUGCUGGGUAAUUACAAGGGUUAUAAUAUAACCUCGGAAUAUUGUCCGGUAAAUGCGAGUAUCCGCUAUAUAAGGUAUUCUAGUGAUAAUGUAUAGAUUAUUAAACAUUUUUAGUGUAGCGUGUAUUUUCUUAUGGAUUUUCUUUUUUUUUCUACUAUUUGUAUCGACAUUUUUAUACAUUUUUAUAUACCAGAACACUUUUGGAUAAGUAACCCAGAAAGACUUAAUAUGUAAGUUUUUUUUCGUCUCGUUUCGCCGUUAUUUACUUUGAUCAUGUUAAUGAUAUCUGGUAGCAAUUACUUUCACGACUUGUUUAUUAAAUCAAAUAGCACAAUUAUAUUUGAUGGCAAUACUUUCAUGGCUUGUAUAUUAUAUCUAAUAGCAUGUCAUGGCUUUUAUAUUAUAUCCAAUAGAAUUUCUUUCAUGACUUGUUUUUUAUAUCUAUAGCAAUACUUUAAUGACUUUUUGUUUUUCGUCUCGUUUCGCCGUUAUUUACUUUUAUCAUGUUAAUGAUAUCUGGUAGCAAUUACUUUCACGACUUGUUUAUUAAAUCAAAUAGCACAAUUAUAUUUGAUGGCAAUACUUUCAUGGCUUGUAUAUUAUAUCUCAUAGCAUGUCAUGGCUUUUAUAUUAUAUCCAAUAGAAUUUC